UAUAAAUUAAGCUACGCAGACUUCUGUAGCUCUCGCCGGGGACACCUUGCCCUAGAUCACUAAAUUGACCACUUUAAGUUGAUAGAGGAACGAGGUUUGUGACAAGCUCUUAAUUAACCUCUCCAACAGUUAACUAGCUGUUCAAUAAAGAUGCCCGCAAAGCGUCAGAAUGGCAAGACUGCAAUGGAGGAGGUGAUGAGCGGCGCCACGGAACGCGUUCUUAAGCAAAUAACGGAGCUUUACGAGCAAGGCUUAAGCGGAGGCCCUGGAUCAAUCGGCCUGAAGGCCAUAGCCGAGAGCCCCUUGCUUAAAAUGCAGAUGCGUAAGCCCCGCAAGAAGAUUAGCGUUAUGAUAGUCGGGAACCACAGCGCGGGCAAGUCCAGCUUCAUCAACUGGUACAUCGGCGAGGCUAUCCAGAAGACUGGCGUAGCUAUCGAGACGCGCGGCUUCACAUUCGUGACGUCGGGCAAGAAGCGGGAGACGCUCCAAGGUGACGCCACCGUGCGCUUCUACGACCACCUAAACGAGUUCGGCAAGUUCCAGGGCGUCAUGGCGAACCUGUUCACCGAGAUUAGCACAAGCCGGGACAAGAACUUCUCGUGCGUUGACCUCAUCGACACGCCUGGCCUGGUAGAUGGCGAGAUGCAGUAUCCCUUCAAUGUACAAGAUGCCAUCAUCUGGAUGGCCGACCACGUCGACCUCAUCCUCGUCUUCUUCGACCCCAUUGGCCAGGCGACCUGCAAGCGCACCAUGGAGGUGGUUGAGCGCCUCAACAACGGGCCGCACCUGGAGAAGAUCCACUACUUCAUGUCCAAGGCGGACGCCGUAGACAAGGAAUCGGACCGGCAACGCGUGCUGAUCCAGAUCACGCAAAACCUGGCGACCAAGAUCCGCAACAGCCACGCCUUCAACCUGCCCACCUUCUACCUGCCGCGAGAGGACGACUGCACCAUCCCCAACGCCAUCGAGGAUGUGUGCAAGGAGAUCGACAAGGCCAUCAACAUGACCGUCCAGAAGAACCUGCGUCAGCUCAAAGGCGACUGCGAGCGCAUCGUGGAGCGGGUGGGCGAGGUGCUGGCACAGGACAAGCUGCAGCGCGCGCGCAACACGCAGCGCACGCUGCAGGGGCUGCUGCUGGCGGUGCUGACGCUGGGCGCGGUGGGGCUGAUGGUGCUGCUGCUGGCCACCCGCUUCAUGGACACGCUCUGCGCGGACGCACUGCUCGGGGAGCACUGCCGCAAGGACCGCGCGGCGCAGCGGCUGCUCAAGCUGCAGCCGCUGGUGUACGGCAACUUCACGGCGCUGCUGGGCUGCGCGGCGGGCAUGGUGCUGGUGCUGAUGGUGGCGACGCGGCUGACGUGGCGCACGCAGCCGGUGCUGACCAAGAAGGACAUGAAGAAGCUGGACGAGUACCGCGCGUACGUCACCAAGAUUGCGGAGCAGGAGGGUGGGCUCUACAAGGAGUACUUCAAGACGCUCUCGUCCAUGGAGCACUAGAGCCCACCAGCGACCAGCGUGCCAGCAGGAAUGGGUGCCGCUGCUCUCACUGAGGGGUGCCGCUGCUGUCGUACGGGGGAGGUGGAUCAUGAUAGCCCUUUGGAUCUGCUUAUGGCCGUGCGGCUUACUACCCGAUUGAUGCUACCAAUCGGUGCCGUCCCAGGCAGACCUUCUUGGCUACCCUCUUGGACCGGCGUAAGCGUGGCAAACAAGGGCGGGUGUUCGAGACCGGUGUGACCUGUAGUGUGCGCUUUCAUAGGACGGCUGUUCUUUGCGCGUACGCAGUGACCCGAUACGGCGUGAGGGAGCGAGUGAACCGGUGGAACAGCGGGCUGCUGGCCUGCUGCUGCUGGUGGUGGACAGGGUCCGGAGCGACGGUGGUGACAUUACUGAGUGACCGCAGCGUUAUCAGGGUGCACGGAACUGGGGACAGAAACAGGAUCAGGCGGAGGACCUUCAGGCCCUGAUUGACAGACUGACGCAGGAGUGCAACACCCGGGAUUGCUGAAGGGCAGCAUGUGUGUCGGUGUAUGGGCGCUUGCCUGAUGUCGCAGGGCCGCAGAGCUGCGCGUAGGCAAGAGGCAUGCUGGUCAUGUUUGUAUGUUGCGCAAGGAGGACAAGGAUGGCUUUUGAAUACAACAGCUGGCGU